CUUGCACAGAAGUCGCUUGACGAAGUUCUCACCAUGUGGUCAACUUCACUUACGCAGCACCAGAAGACCUUCCAGUCGCUAGCCAAGAAAGUCCAGACGUGGGAUCGGGCGCUUGUUGAAGACAGCACCAAGAUCUCGCAGCUUUAUGGGCGAUGCUUCCAGGCUGAGCGCGACUGCGCCGAGGUUGAACGACAGCUUAGCAAUGUUGAGCAUACACAAAAUGAGAUCGAGAAAUUCCUUGACAAGUAUGAAGAUGAGGUCGAUCGAAUGAUGGGCACCUACGGCGUAGGCGAAGACGGCAUUGGCGGUGUUGAUGCCGAACGUGAGCGCACUUAUAAGACUGCUGAGAACUGCGCUGCUCGCUUGAACGAUUUCAGCUCCUCUCUGACCGACAUGGUUUCGGAAAUCAACCUCACGAGCGACAAGUUGCAAGGCAACAAGAACGCCAACGAUGCUUCUGAUCCUCUCAAGCAGAUCGUCGGCGUCCUCAAUAGCCAUCUUCAGCAGCUUCAGAAAAUUGGUGCAGGUGCGGCGACCUUGCAGGAACAAGUGACAACCGCUCAGCGCGAAGCGAGGAACUUGAACAACUCGCAGGCCCUCAAUGGAAGCCGAAUUGCAGAUGCGUUUGGGCAAUCGUAUGGUUUUGGACGAAGAUAA